AUGUCUCAACCCAGUACAACAGCCGAUCCCCCCCGUACUGACGGCUUCCUCAUCGAGUACGCCUUUCUACCACGCUUCCCCUAUCCACGAGAUGCCUCUGAUUUGCCAGCCUGGCAGGAGAUGGUCCGCAGCCAAGUCUCUGACGACGAAUAUCUGGUUUCCAAGCGCAUAUACGAAGAGCUCACCGUUCCCUUAUCCUGGCCGGUCCCUCCCCGCCACGUAUACCGUGUUCUUGCCGCCUUCCGCAGAAAGGCACACAAGGAUGCUCGCGUGGCAGGCUUCACGGCUGAGCUCGUACAAUUUCACGGGUAUGUGGGGCAGAUAAUAUUGGAACUGAGGGCGGCCGAGUAUGAUUAUUUGAAAGAUGAAGAAACCGUGAGGGAAUUGGAGAUGGAGUCUUUAGGGUUUCCAAGUCGGAUUCGCGCGGGUGAGGAGGGGAAUGUUGUGGCCGAUGACGAAAGCGAGGGCGAGGACACUAUCCAUGAGCGUUUCGGGUGCUAUGAUUGGGACGAUUAUGGCAAACCCGUAUACUGUUCAUUAAUGGACCGCUUGGGGUUGAGAGACGAUGAAGACACCGACGGCAGUGAUAUGGACAGCAAUAUGAACCGCAAUAUGGACACCGAUAUGGAAAGCGAUGUUGAGGGCAAUAUUGAGAGUGACAUGGAAAACGAUGCCCCAGCGGCUAAGAGGAGGCGGAUAGAAGGGGACUGCUCCAUUUGCUUUAGCCCUCUCAAGGCGGAUCGCACGCCUGAGCAAGUUGACUUUUGCGUGCUAAUGUGGGAGACAUGCUGGCUCGGCCGUGAGAAUGCAGAUAGCAACGAGAACGAGCAGAGUCAAGAGGGCCAUGACGAAGACGAAGAUCACGGCAAAGAGCCCAGCCAAGUGGCCGAAGGCGAAGACGAAGGCGACAAUGACAAUGACGGCUACGAUGACAACGACGACGGGUUAGUCUGGUGUCGUGCUUCCUGCGGUAUCAACUACCACUUUGAUUGCUUCAGGAGAUGGGUUCCUCAAUUUGAAUUCAGGCGCCAUGUCACUUAUCCUUCAUGUCGAAGACGCUGGUCUGAUUGA